GAUGUUCUCUGUUGAAGGCUUAUUGCUGAAGGAGCAACGCAGGAAUGCAGAGGUGACUCAAGGGCUCAGCAAAGCAAUCUUAGAAAUGCUGCAUAUCAAGAAAGUGUCAGCGAGUCAUCAGUCCAAACCUCAUCCUUACAUGAAUAGGAUCUAUCAACAUCUGGAGUCACUGGAAGCUCAAGACUUUGGAAGAUCAGAUGGUAUCCUAGUGCAGAGUUUUCGAAGUUUUGAUGGGCCCAAUCAUGCUCCACAAGGAUGGAUCUGGUUCAACAUCAGCAGCCUGAACCUCUCCAUGCUAGGUGCAGAGUUGGUCCUCUACAGGAAGACCCUCCAUUCAUGCCCUCUCAGUGUCACUGUGGCCCUGCACAGCAUCAUUGCAUCACAGCACAAUCUGAAUGAAAUUCCUGCUUUGGAGGAGAGGCAGCUGACGCUGGGCCAGCGGCCCUCUUCUGGGUACGAUGUUUUUAAUGUGUCCGUUGUUUUGGCUAUGCGGCAUCUGGAGGUGGUGGGCUUCCAGCUGAGGUAUACAGAUGAGAGUGGGAGUUUGGUCCUCCAUGAGGCGCUGACACAGAGUCUGUACUGUUUGAGCAGAGGCACUCUGCAGGAACCCCUGCUGGUGUUUUACAAAGCACGGCUUCUUCAGUUCUAA